UAGUUUAAGUCUAAGUAUUUAGAAGUAGUUUUUUGUGUUGUUUUAAUCCAUUGAGGAGGAAAUGUUGAAGGUGGUGUUUGUGCUUCUUUUUCUCCAGCUCUCUUCAGCUGCAGCCGACAUACCAGAUUACAAGAAAAUAGGCAACUCAGUGGUCCUCAAACCAGACUCUGCUGUUAAUCCCAGUGCUCCCAUUAAAAGCAUAAGGUGGACACAUGGACAAGACAUUGCAGCGGAUUGGGACGGAGAAGAGCUGUCCUAUUAUCGCCACUUUGAAGGUCGUAGUACGCUGAAUAUUUCAUCUGGAGCACUGACGAUCACAGGACUGAGUAGAAAUGACAGUGGCAGAUUCUCCGCAGAGAUCAACAACAAGAAACCAUCCAACUCCAUUCAGCUGCUGGUCAUCUCUCCUGUCUCUAAACCCCACAUCUCCAUCUGGUGCGACCCUCAGAUGGACUACUGUCUGUUCACCUGUGAGGGCAACACCACAGGUGCUGAACCGAUCACCUACAGUUGGGUGAUAGGCGACUACCACAUUACUUCAACAAAGGUGCACAAAUUCACAAAGGAGUACAGAGAACAUAGAUUUGCAUGUGGUUUGGAGAACCCGGUCAGCUACAGCUUCAGUGACAGUAUCCCCAACCCCUUUCCGGCUAGGUUUGAGGAUUUCAGUUUCAUCUUCAUCAUAUCUGAAUUAGUGGUGAUUGUGCUUGUGUGUGUCCUCCUUUGCAUCCUCCUAAUGUUCAAAAAAGGACAACGUGUUGAUGGGAAAACUCAAGAGAAUUUAGUAAUGAUUGCAACCGACCAGGAGCCACCGGUGGUGUGAAGCUGAAGUACGUUAGACUUCAAAUGACAGAAUCUGUGUCUGUCAGUUUUACCUCUUGUUUGUAACUCCUAUGAGCUUCAUGCAAAAGCUGCUAAAAGCUGUUUUAAAAGCAGGCAGUCAGGUCCAGGGCCGGACCAAAUGACUGCUACUGCAAGAGAGAUGUUUUGGUUGUACAUUAUUUGGGUAAGUUACAUUUUCAAAUGAGGGAGAAAGUGGAUAUUUACAAGGGAUUUGCACUGAUGCUUUUUUUCUGGUGUGUUCUAAUGCAGUAUGUACUUUUUGCACUUAAAUUCCUGUGCAAAGUUCCUUCAGUGGAGCUCUUAUUCCAGCACAAAAGUGACAAAACUGCAGCAAAGCAACAGCCUGUAAAUGUCGGUCUCCUGCAGCUCCUUUCUGCCUUUUAAUAUAUGAACUUUAAUGGUUUACUGCAGCUCCGGCUCAGGGAAAUAUGAUUGAAGCAAAUGGUAAUUACUACGCAUAUUAUCUGUUAUAAGUAGAUCUAAAAGUUUGACCAAAAAUCUCCCUCUGAUUAUUUACAACUCAUUUAAUCACUGGUCUUUUUAUUGAGCUGACAACAUCAGGAUAUUUUUAAUAUUUAUUUUAUCAGGUGCUUUAAUGAAAGAGAGUGUUUCAACAAAUGAAUGCAGUGAAUUGUUACCAAUGUGAAUAAGAUUGCUGUAUAAUCUAAAUAUUUAUCCGAUAUAAUAUAUUCAGUGAUUUUCUUUUCUGUUUUUGUCAUAUAUACUGCUAAAAUAAAUCCUCUUAAAUCCUAGAAUCAUGUUAUCACAAGAAAGAUUUUUAAACAUACCAAAGAGAAGAAAUAUUUAAUAUAUUCUGUAUUGUUACAACUCAGAAGAAAGUGUUUUGUUCAAUGGAAGAAAACUAUUUUAUUUGUUGUAUUUUGAGGUAGAUGUGUUUAGUGUCUUUCCUUUUUUGUCCACCAGAGGACGUCAUAACACUGUUACAGUUAAAUCAGCUGUUUUUUAAAGUGACUUUACACUGACUGUGAGACACUGACUCCAUUUGUGAAUCCUGAUAGAUCAUUUCGAUUUAAUUUAUUUAGUUGUAUUAACUUUUGCAUUAUUAUAAUGAUUGUUAUCAUUGUUUGUGAUGCUGAAGUAUAUGAAAUAAGUUUUCUUAUGAAUCUCUGUGUGCACAAUUUUAUUUUUUUAAAGAGGUUAAACUGUGAAGCUGUGUCCCAAAUACAUACUAAGUACUACUUCAGUACACUGUGUACUUGCAGCAGUUUGUAUACAAGAACUUCAACAUAUGUAACGCUGUAAUGCUGUAAUGCUUUACACUAACAGGAAGUGAGACAAUAUGGACGU